AUGGGACUCUUCAAGAAACUUUUCUCGAUUGGCAGCAAGAAGGCGGGAAAGCGUCGCCUGGCAGCAGAAUACGCCACUCCACUCCCGAGUCAGGACCAUCUCGAAGUGAUCUCCGAGGACGAUCAGGAGGCCGCUGUUACCCGCCUACUACGAUCCACAUCGCCCCGCUUUGUUGUAGAAUCGGAGGACGAUGAUGACUUCUUGGCGCCACUUCCUCACCCCAUCAACCAGAUCUGCUCUCCUGCAGCGUCUACAACUUCCCUUCUUGCUAGCAUUUCAACACGCAGCAAUUACACCGUCACCCUCACCGGGCGCACUGUACAUAGCCGUACCGAGUUCCCAAACGCAAAUCUCUCUAUGAAUAAACCCGCGACGCCCGAACGAUCCGCCAACGAUGAUACUAUCAGACAACGUGCCAAGAGUACUCCAUUAACACCUCAGGAACGGUCUCGACUGGGCAAGCUUCGUGCAGAUCCUUCCGUCGCUAGCUUGCUUGAUGCCUAUGACGAGCAUGGCUGUUUAGACUCAGAGAUCUUCUCGAACACCCCUCCCACGCAGAAAGUUGGCCGUAGACAGAAGCAUCGUACUACUGGCUCUACUUUACGCAGUCUCAUGGGGGUCCCUGACGUGAGCACAAUGUCGCAAAAUAGCACCGAUAAUGUUGUCUCGUGGGCUGAGCGAUGUCUUGGCGAUGAUGAAUCACUCUCCUCGUCGUCAGGGCUUGCAACGCCCACCGACGUUCCGUCUCGACGUCUUCUUCCCAAAGAAUCUAACUCUAGCAUUAGCUACUCAACUGAAUGCGAGACUUCGAUGAAUACUUUUAACUCACUUGAAGUCGAACUCAGUGACACGGGUACGGAAAUCGACGAGACCCCGUCACGCCUACCUUACGACUCAACUCAGACCAAUUUCCACGCCUCACAAGUUUUUGACUUCCUCACUGAAAAGAAGAAAGUCUCUUCUCCAGUUCCACCUCAGCCCUCUACCUCCACUAACCAUCGCUCUCGCCGCAACUCGGAUCCUUCAAGUGAUAGAUCCAACCUGUUUGAGCUUCCCUCCACAUGCGAUACCAAGACUCCUCAACAAUCACAAGCGAGGCACUCUCUUCUCUUCGAGUCUCCUGACAAGAGCAUUCUUGCCAACUUGUCAAGAACCUUCUCGUUGAAUGAUGCGUCCACCAGCAGGCGUUCAUGUGCGGAUCAAUGCCUAGUCCCACCUGUUCCUCCCCUGUUCCCCAAUCACACCGGCCAGGACACCCGCGGCCCUCGUGGUCUCCGCGCUUUCUCCAAGCUACCCAUGUCACGACCUUACGCUGACAUUCCCCCACUGCCUGUCGCACCUUUUUCAGCCGCAUCAAGGAAAGCUGCGUUGUCCUUGGAAGAGGUAAUCUCGGGGGCUCAGAGGAGUGCCAUCCCGCGUCCGUCAAAGUCAAGGGAUGGAUCAAACAUGACUCCCCGCCGAGGCCCCCGGCCUCGUACUUCAUCGCGAUCAUCAUCUAAAGGCGAAAGAUCUACUCGUGAUCCUCGUCGUGCAGGGGUGUCUCGCUCGUACACCGGCGUCUUUUCUUACGGCUACAAGACCAAGUCUCCAUCACCGAAGAAAAGCUCGCUGCGUGGCAAGGAGAACGAGUUGGUGUCCUCUUCCCGAACGUGCAAAACACCUACCCGCAAUAGCUCAAAGGCCAAUAAGAUGUCAACCCCAUCUCCUGUCUCGUCAUCAGAGUUGUCUCCUGUUGGGCAGCAGCUCAUGACGGACCUCCGUCAACAACGCAUACAGGCCCGCUUGCGCGAUCGCAAGUCGGGUAAACUUGGCAGCGGUCAGAGUCGCAUACGGUACUGA